AUGGAUGCUGCCCUGGAUCAUUAUGAUCACCCAAGUUAUACUUACUCUUUUCUCCCGAAUGACAGUAUCAAUUAUGGGAACGUUUCAGAAGAGAUUUCAUCUCGUAAUACCACUGAUGUUGAAAGCCACAAUAGUAUCGAUGAUAGUGUAGGUAUUCGUAUCUCCGUAUUGGUCAUCUGCAUUCUUGGAGCCGUGGGGAACGGGAUUGUCAUCUGGCUUCUCGGCUUCCGUAUUAAGAGGAAUCCUUUCAGCACCUACAUCUUGAACUUGGCCGUCGCUGAUUUCGGGGUCCUCCUAACAGCUAUAUUUUUUGUUGUUUAUUCUUGGGUUGGAUUUAUUCAUGAUACUCUCAUUAUACUCUUUGUCUUCUUUUUCCUAUUCCUAUCGACAUACAGCAGUAGUCAAUUUCUGCUGACGGCUAUCAGCAUCGACAGGUGUGUGGCCGUCUUCUUCCCACUUUGGCAUCGAUGCCACCGGCCACCGCAUUUGUCUACUAUUGUAUGUGCACUGAUUUGGGUCCUCUCCUUCCUGUUUACCGCGGUUACCUACACUCUUCUGCUUCUUAAUUUAGAGGGGGAAAAGAUGGCAGGGUGUGUUCAGUUUAUUGUGAAUGCUGUGCUGUGCCUCCCGGUCAUGACGAUUGCCACUGUGGCCCUCUUCAUCAAAAUCUGUUUGAAAGCACGACAGCAUCGGAGGGGGAAACUUUUGACCAUCAUCUUACUCACCCUUCUCUUCUUCCUCCUCUUUGCUUUUCCAUUGAAUGUCAUGUUCAUCCUCUAUUUUUAG